GUUUAUGUUUCGCGUAGGCAGACGCUCUUGUCAGUCGCGCGCCGGUCGAGUGUGUGGUUGGACUUUAGUGAGCUUGCUAGUUUUCUUUGGAUUUUGUGAAAGUUUUAUGCCAGUUUUGGUGUGAUAAAGUGUUUCGUGAUUAACUUUGAAAAAGGAAGUGCCCUUAAAAAAGGGUAGAGAAUCAGUGAGCUGUUGGUCCGAUUAGCAAAAUGACGACCGACAUCUCAGUGGUGCGUUCCGGUUGGGAAUCGACGCCACAACAGGAGAUUGUCGACGAGUACGAAUACGAUGGAGGAAAUUCCAGUUCAAGACUUUUUGAACGUUCUCGAAUUAAGGCCCUUGCAGGCGAACGUGAAUCAGUGCAGAAAAAAACCUUUCAAAAAUGGGUCAAUUCCCAUUUAGUGAGAUGCUCCUGUCGAAUAGGUGAUCUCUAUGUUGAUCUUCGCGAUGGAAAAAUGUUAAUAAAACUAUUAGAAAUAUUGUCAGGCGAACGUUUACCACGACCAACAAAGGGUAAAAUGCGUAUUCAUUGUUUAGAAAAUGUUGACAAGGCAUUGCAAUUUUUACGUGAACAAAGAGUACAUCUUGAAAAUAUGGGAUCACACGAUAUUGUCGAUGGUAAUCCACGUUUAAGUUUAGGUCUCAUAUGGACAAUUAUAUUACGUUUUCAAAUUCAAGAUAUCACAAUUGAAGAGACAGACAAUCAAGAGACAAAAUCGGCAAAAGAUGCACUAUUAUUGUGGUGUCAAAUGAAAACAGCUGGUUAUCAUAAUGUUAAUGUGAGAAAUUUCACAACAUCAUGGCGCGAUGGUUUGGCAUUUAAUGCAAUAAUACACAAACAUCGUUCUGAUUUAAUACAAUUUGAUAGAUUAUCAAAAUCAAAUGCAAUUUAUAAUCUUAAUAAUGCAUUUAAUGUAGCUGAGGAUAAACUUGGUUUGAUAAAACUACUUGACGCUGAAGAUAUAUUUGUCGAUCAUCCCGAUGAGAAAUCAAUUAUUACAUAUGUGGUGACGUAUUAUCAUUAUUUUUCAAAAAUGAAGCAGGAAACAGUUCAGGGUAAAAGAAUUGGUAAGGUUGUUGGUAUUGCAAUGGAGAAUGAUAGAAUGAUACAUGAAUAUGAGAGUUUGACAAGUGAAUUAUUACGAUGGAUUGAAUCGACAAUUGAUGCAUUGGGUGAUAGGAGAUUUGCUAAUUCAUUGGUUGGUGUACAAUCGCAAUUGUCACAAUUUUCGAAUUAUCGUACUGUUGAGAAACCGCCGAAAUUUGUUGAGAAGGGUAAUUUGGAGGUGUUGUUAUUUACAUUGCAAUCGAAAAUGAGAGCCAAUAAUCAAAAACCAUAUACACCAAAAGAGGGUAAAAUGAUAUCGGAUAUUAAUAAAGCAUGGGAGAGAUUGGAAAAAGCUGAACAUGAACGUGAAUUGGCAUUGAGAGAGGAGCUUAUACGUCAGGAGAAAUUGGAACAAUUGGCAGCGAGAUUUAAUAGAAAGGCGAGUAUGCGUGAGACUUGGCUUUCGGAGAAUCAACGACUUGUAUCGCAGGAUAAUUUUGGUUUUGAUCUUGCGGCAGUUGAGGCGGCAGCGAAAAAACAUGAGGCUAUUGAAACUGAUAUUUUUGCAUAUGAAGAACGUGUGCAGGCGGUUAUGGCAGUUUCACAAGAAUUAGAGGCGGAGAAUUAUCAUGAUAUUGAGAGAAUUAAUGCGCGUAAGGAUAAUGUAUUGCGUUUGUGGAAUUAUUUGCUUGAAUUAUUAAGGGCCAGGAGAACGAGGCUUGAAAUGUCAUUGCAAUUGCAGCAGAACUUUCAAGAGAUGUUGUAUAUUCUUGAUAGUAUGGAGGAGAUUAAGAAUCGUUUAUUGACUGAUGAUUAUGGUAAACAUUUGAUGGGAGUUGAGGAUUUGUUGCAGAAACAUUCGUUGGUUGAGGCGGAUAUUAAUGUUUUGGGCGAGAGAGUAAAAGCGGUUGUUCAUCAGAGUCAGAGAUUUUUGGAACAGGGCGAGGGCUAUCGUCCAUGUGAUCCGACAAUUAUUGUGGAACGUGUACAACAAUUGCAGGAUGCUUACACGGAACUUGUGCGUUUGGCACUUGAGAGACGAGCGAGACUUGAGGAAUCGCGUAAACUUUGGCAAUUUUAUUGGGAUAUGGCCGAUGAGGAGAAUUGGAUUAAGGAGAAUGAGCAAAUUGUUUCAACGGGCGAUAUUGGUCAUGAUUUAACGACAAUAAAUCUUUUGUUGUCGAAACAUAAGGCAUUGUUGAAUGAAAUACAAUCGCAUGAGAUGCAAUUGAUGUCGGUUGCUGAUGUUGGCGGUGAAUUGGUGCGUCAGCAACAUUUUGGCGCUGAUCGUAUUCAGGAGAGAUUGCAAGAAAUUUUGUCAAUGUGGAAUCAUUUGCUUGAUUUGGCGGCAUUUCGACGUAAACGUCUCGAGGAGGCUGUUGAUUAUCAUCAAUUGUUUGCCGACGCUGACGAUGUUGAUAUUUGGAUGUUGGAUACAUUGCGUUUGGUUUCGUCGGAAGAUGUUGGUAGAGAUGAGGCUAAUGUGCAAUCAUUGUUGAAGAAACAUAAGGAUGUUACUGAUGAAUUGAAGAAUUAUGGAUCGACAAUUGAUCAGUUACAUGUGCAGGCGUCGCAACUCGGUGAACAGGAUGCAAAAUCGCCGGAGGUUUUGGAGAGAUUGGCGUCAAUUGAUUCGAGAUAUAAGGAAUUACUUGAAUUGGCAAAAUUACGAAAACAACGAUUGUUGGACGCUCUUUCGCUUUAUAAAUUGUUUAGUGAAUCGGAUGGUGUUGAACAAUGGAUAGGUGAGAAGAAUCGAAUGUUGGAUACAAUGGUACCGGCGAAGGAUAUCGAGGAUGUGGAAAUAAUGAAGCAUAGAUAUGAUGGAUUUGAGAAGGAAAUGAAUGCAAAUGCAUCGCGUGUUGCUGUGGUUAAUCAAUUGGCGAGACAAUUGUUGCAUGUGGAACAUCCAAAUUCUGAACAGAUUGUCGCGAGACAGAAUGAAUUGAAUCAAAAAUGGGCGGAAUUACGUGAGAAGGCGGAAGGUAAACGUGAGGCAUUGAAUUCAGCUCAUGGUGUACAAACAUUCCAUAUUGAGUGUCGUGAAACUGUUUCUUGGAUUGAGGAUAAGAAACGUAUUCUACAGCAGACUGAUAGUCUUGAAAUGGAUUUGACGGGAGUUAUGACUUUGCAGCGUCGACUCAGUGGAAUGGAACGUGAUUUGGCGGCAAUUCAAGCAAAACUCGAUGCAUUGGAGAAAGAAGCGCAACUUAUUGAACAAGAUCAUCCAGAAGAGGCAGCUGUUAUACGUGAAAGAAUUACACAAAUACAUUCGAUUUGGGAGCAAUUGACACAGAUGCUUAAGGAACGCGAUGCAAAAUUGGAAGAGGCUGGUGAUUUGCAUAGAUUCCUGCGUGAUUUGGAUCAUUUCCAAGCGUGGUUAACCAAAACGCAAACACACGUUGCCAGUGAGGAUACACCGACAAGUUUGUCAGACGCUGAGAAAUUAUUGACACAACAUCAAAAUAUUAAGGAAGAGAUCAAUAAUUAUACGGAUGAUUAUCAAAAAAUGAUGGAAUAUGGCGAGAGAUUGACAAGCGAGGCCGGCGAUGGUGAUACACAAUACAUGUUCCUCAGGGAGAGAUUAAAUGCCCUUAAGGAAGGAUGGGAGGAACUUCAUCAAAUGUGGGAAAAUCGACAGAAUUUAUUGUCAAAUUCAUUGAAUUUACAGAUAUUUGAUCGUGACGCGAGACAAGCGGAAGUUUUACUUUCACAACAGGAGCAUAUACUCGCUAAGGAUGAGACACCGACGAAUUUCGAGCAAGCUGAAAAUUUGAUAAAACGUCACGAGGCAUUUAUGACAACAAUGGAUGCAAAUGAUGAGAAAAUUAAUUCUGUUGUACAAUUUGCUGGACGUUUGGUUGAGGAGGGACAUUUUGCUGCUGAUAAAGUGAAAAAGAAAGCUGAAAGUGUUAAUGAUCGUCGUAAUGUUAAUAGAGAGAAGGCAAAUCAAUUAAUGGAAAAGCUUCGCGAUCAAUUGCAAUUGCAAAUGUUUUUACAAGAUUGCGAGGAAUUGGGUGAAUGGGUACAGGAGAAACAUAUCACGGCGCAGGAUGAAACUUAUCGUAGUGCAAAGACAGUACAUAGUAAAUGGACAAGACAUCAGGCAUUUGAGGCUGAAAUUGCGAGCAAUAAAGAUCGUCUUCAACAAUUACAACAGUCGGCUGAUGAAUUGAUUCGAGAGAAACCGGAAUUGUCGGAAAUUAUUGGACCAAAAGUCACUGAACUUGCGGAUUCAUUUGAGGAACUUGAAGUUACGACACAUGAUAAAGGUGAGAGAUUAUUUGACGCUAAUCGUGAGGUAUUGAUACAUCAAACUUGUGACGAUAUUGAUUCAUGGAUGAACGAAUUGGAGAAACAGAUAGAGAGCACUGAUACUGGUUCUGAUUUGGCGUCGGUGAAUAUUUUGAUGCAGAAACAACAGAUGAUUGAAACACAAAUGGCAGUUAAGGCUCGACAAGUUUCCGAAUUGGAUAAACAGACUGAUCAUUUACAACGAACAGUGCCCGAGGAGAAAAUGGAAGAAAUUAAAGUAAAGAAGGAAAAAGUUGCUCAGAGAUUUGAACAGCUCAAGGCACCAUUAGUUGAUCGUCAACGACAACUUGAAAAGAAUAAAGAAGCAUUCCAAUUUAAACGUGAUGUGGAGGAUGAAAAAUUAUGGAUUGCUGAAAAAAUGCCACAGGCAACAAGUUUGGAGUGUGGAAAUUCAUUGUUUAAUGUUCAUAUGCUGAAAAAGAAGAAUCAAUCAUUGCGCACUGAAAUUGAACAUCAUGAACUUAGAAUUAAUUUGGUUUGUAAUAAUGGACAGAAAUUGAUUAGUGAAGGACAUGAGGAUACGCCAGUUUUUGAGAGAUUAAUCUUUGAAUUAAAUGAAAAAUGGCAGGAAUUAAAGGAUGCUGUCGAUCAAAGAAAUAGUCAUUUAUUGCAAAAUGAAAAGGCACAACAAUAUUUCUUCGAUGCAACGGAAGCUGAAUCAUGGAUGAGCGAACAGGAAUUAUACAUGAUGGUGGAUGAUCGUGGUAAAGAUGAAAUUUCAGCGCAAAAUUUAAUGAAGAAACACGAAUCAUUGGAACAUGUUGUUGAGGAUUAUGCUGAGACUAUUCGUCAAUUAGGUGAAACAGCAAGACAACUCACCAAUGAUCAACAUCCAUUGGCCGAUCAAAUAGCAGUGAAACAAUCGCAAGUUGAUAAAUUAUACGCUGGAUUGAAAGAUUUAGCUGGUGAACGACGAGCAAAAUUGGACGAAGCACUUCAAUUGUUUAUGUUGAAUCGUGAAGUUGACGAUUUGGAGCAAUGGAUUGCUGAAAGAGAAUUGGUUGCCGGUAGUCAUGAAUUGGGACAGGAUUAUGAUCAUGUUACAUUAUUGUGGGAGAGAUUUAAGGAGUUUGCACGCGAUACAGAAUCAAUUGGUACAGAGAGAGUGGCGGCUGUUAAUGAUAUUGCCGAUUCAUUAAUUGCAAAGGCACAUUCUGAUGCGGCAACAAUUGCCGAAUGGAAAGAUGGAUUAAAUGAAGUGUGGCAGGAUUUACUUGAAUUAAUUGAAACACGUACACAAAUGUUGGCGGCGAGUCGUGAGCUACAUAAAUUCUUCCACGAUUGUAAAGAUGUGCUUGGUAGAAUUUUGGAGAAACAAAAUGCCAUGUCCGAUGAAUUGGGACGUGAUGCUGGUUCAGUGUCGGCUUUACAACGAAAACAUACAAAUUUCAUUCAAGAUUUAUCAACACUUCAGAGUCAAGUCUCACAAAUACAGGAGGAAUCAGCAAAAUUACAAGCAAGUUAUGCUGGUGAUAAGGCAAAAGAAAUAACAAAUCGUGAGGCCGAAGUUGUGGCGGCUUGGAAUAAUCUUCAAUCGUUGUGCGAGGGAAGAAAGGGAAAAUUAGAGGAUACUGGCGAUUUGUUUAGAUUCUUUAAUAUGGUGAGAACACUUAUGAUUUGGAUGGAUGAUGUUGUACGACAAAUGAAUACAUCGGAGAAGCCAAGAGAUGUUUCUGGUGUUGAAUUACUUAUGAAUAAUCAUCAAAGUUUAAAGGCUGAAAUUGAUACGCGAGAGGAUAAUUUUAUUUCUUGUAUUAAACUUGGAAAAGCACUUUUGUCACGUGAUCAUUAUGCCAGUUCACAAAUCGAAGAGAAAUUGUCAUCGCUCAAUGAUCAUAGAAUUGCACUAUUACAACGAUGGGAGGAACGUUGGGAAAAUUUACAACUCAUUUUGGAAGUGUACCAAUUCGCAAGAGAUGCUGCGGUUGCUGAAGCAUGGUUAAUUGCUCAAGAGCCGUAUCUUAUGAGCCAAGAACUUGGCCACACUAUUGACGAAGUAGAAAAUUUGAUUAAGAAGCACGAGGCGUUUGAAAAAUCAGCAGCUGCUCAAGAAGAAAGGUUCAGUGCUUUGGAGCGAUUAACAACGUUUGAAUUGAAAGAAUUGAAGAGACGAGAACAUGAGAGAGAAGAAGAGGAGAGGCGUAAGAAGGAAGAAGCAGCGGCUGCAGAAGCUGCUCGUCUAGCUAAAGCAACUCCUGUUACUAGUCCUGAUGAACCAACGAGUGAACGAGCUGAAGCUGACGGAGUUGCCAGUGGACGAGGAGAGGACGAUGGACAUGCGGCACUCCGCAAGGCUUCUACACGAACACCGCAACUGCAAGAAAAACCUAAGGAAGUGCAUGGUCUGAAGGGCACGAGAAUUACUCCUAUGGACGAAGAAAAGCACCCCCGCACUCCGACCAUAUUAAAACAACGAAUUUCUUCGGCUCCUUCAACUCCAAAAACUGGAAUUGGAUCUGAGUCUAGUACGUUGAGACGUAAGGAACGAAGUCGCAGCAAAUCACCAUUCCGCAGCUUCCGUUGGAAAAAAACAGCUAAGUCACCAAGCUUAGAUCGCAGUGGUGUGAGCGAUGAUGAGCACGGCUUUUCUGAACAAAGAAGUCCAACUGGUGAUGAAUUCGAAGGAAUACUGGUGAGAAAACAUGAAUGGGAAAGCACCACGAAGAAGGCAUCUAAUCGAUCCUGGGAUAAAGUUUAUAUGGUUAUACGAGGACAAAAUUUGGUUGCUUAUAAGGAUCAAAAAUCAUAUAAAUCCGCUCCUGAUCAACCCCAUAAAGGAGAAGCUUCGUUAGAUCUACGAGGAGCUACCAUUAUUGUAGCUAGCGAUUAUACUAAAAAGAAGCAUGUCUUCCGAGUAAAGACGCAGAAUGGCGCCGACUUCCUGUUCCAGGCCAAAGAUGAUACAGAGAUGCAAGAGUGGGUUGCGGCAUUAAAUCAAGCCUCACAGGGUACAUCAGGUGCAAGUUCAUCCAGAGCACACACACUGCCCGCACCAACGCAAGCCGAAACUAAGCGGCGAAGCUUCUUCACUCUCAAGAAAAAUUAAAUUGGAGCAGUGAAGUAUUGUCAGCCGCCAAUAAGCGCCAGCGCAGCAAGAUGAUCAGAGAAAAUAUUGCGUCGCUCUACUUCGUGAAAGCUACGUUAAUAGAAUUUAAAAAAAAAAAAAAAAAAAAAAACUCUGGCCAUAUAAAGUAAAAAAAAUUUAAAUUCAAUUUAAUCGUGCAAAUACGAUAACCAAAACGAUAGAAGAGAGAGGAAAAAAAAGAGUUCAAAAAUAGAUGCGCAAUUUAAUAAGAGAAAUAAUAGUAUUUGUACGAUAUUUGUGAAUUUGAUUUUUUUUUUCUUAAAUUAUAGACACUAUAAUAAAUAUUAAGAUAGAGAAGGUGUAACAUGCAAUAUCCCAAGUUAGCCUGAUCAAUCUUUUAACUUUUUCUUUCUUUCUUUGGAAUGCUAGAAUUUUUUUUUCCAUUUAUAAUCGAAAAAAAAAAAUCCUGGACAAAUUGACGUAACGGAAAUUUACCACGAAGUAAGAAAAAAAGGAGGGAAAGAAACAUGCAAAUUUUUUACACUUUGCUUCAGGCUUGUAUUUUUAAUAUCAAUUUUUUAAUACUUAAAAAAAAAAACUUUUAUACAGUUGUUGUGUAAAUGAUUAAUUGGAUUUAAGAAGAGUGUUUAAUUUUUUAAAUUGUUUAGUCUUUGUUUAAGUGGACAAAUUUAUUAUUUGUCAUCAUAUAUAAGAAAGAAAAUUGUAGAUUGAUUUUUUUUUUUUUUGUUUUUUUUUUUGGGAACAACGCACAAAUUGUAUUAAAUGUGUAAUAUUGAAUGAAGAUUAUUAUAUGAUCUUUUUAACAUUGACGGAUUAAGACUAUACGACACAGUAUCAAGAAAUAAUCCUGUUACGUAUAUUUUAAAAAAAGUAUUUAAAUCCUUGUAUUCCAUCAGAAAUUUAUAUAUAUAUAAUAUAUAAAUAAAUAUCGUCUUUUUAUUUUGGAUAAAUUAUAAAGCAUCCCAAAAAAGCGUUUUUAAUUACUGCCAUGUAUUUAAGAGAUGCGCUAACUUGGGAUGACGUAUUAAUAUGAGAUAUAGCUUUUAAAGAAUGUUAUAAAGAUUAAAAAAAAAAAAAAAUUAAUUAAAAGCUGUAAUGAACGAAAAGAAUUUUUCUCUUCUAUACAAUUCCGAGUAUAAUAAUAAUAAUUAUACAAAAGCGGUACAGUUAUUAUUUAAUUCUUUAGAUAUAAAUCUAAAAGUGUAGUAAAUUUCUUAUUAGACGAAUUAUAAUUAUAAUUCAUAAUAUGUGAAUAUGUAAUUCGUCUAAUAAAAAAUUUAACACAAAAAUAUGUAGCAUACUUGCUAUACUCAUUUUCUAAUUGUUAUUACUUUUUUUAAUAUUUAUCAGAGUCAAAUCCUUGAAAAAAAAAAAGAAAAAAAAAUUUUUUUUUCUCAAAAAGCGCCCUGCCGGAGAGCUUUUAACGCUUAUUCCACGCUUUCUUUUUAAGGUGUAAUGCGACUACGGCUUUUGUAAAGUGCUUUUUAUCAAAACUGAAGCUUAUUGCGCCUUGAAUCAAGAGAAAGAUAAAGAGAGAGAAAAAAAAGAGAUUUUAGGAAAAAAAAAAAAAAAUGUUUAAAAAUAUCUAAAUAAUCCAUUUGAGAUAUUCUCACGUUAGAUUUUUUUUUUUUUUUUUUUUUUUGACAAAUUUAUCAAUUUGACUACAUGUUUUUUAAAUAUCUAUGAGUCGCAUCCUUAAAGAUAAAAUAUUAUAUUAUGAUUAUUAUAAAUAAUAUAUAUAAUUCAUGAAAGUAAAAAAUGUUCUUUUCGUUUCGAAAAUUGCCUUCCUUACAUUGAUUUUAUUUAAUUGAUUUUUUUUAGAAGUCGUUCAUUUGUCACAGUUGUCAAAAAUUCUAUACCCGGAAUUGAAAAUUGACAAACAAAAAAAUCCAGCAUUUUCUUUUUUAAUUUUUGUUUUUAUAAUAAAAAUUUUUUUUUUAAUUUUGUAUAAGUUUGGAAAUUAAAAUAACGAAAAAAUGGAAAAUUUUUUUUUUUGCUGCUUUGAAAAUUAACAACCAAAUUGAUUAAAAAAAAAAAAAAAAAUUUCUAAUUUCCGGUACUAAUUUUUGACAGAGACUGACUCAAGGAAGAAUCGGACGAACAGUUGAAAAAAAUAGUCUUACUUGCACAUUUUCGUAUUUUUAAAUAGAAAAAAAAUAACUUUUAAUUAAACAAUUUAAAAAAAAAAGAGCGUGAGCGUUUUUUCCACUUUCAACACUUUGAAUAAUUAAAAGUUGCAUUUGGAUAAAGAUUACAAAUUUCUAACUAUAUAUAUAUAUAUAUAUAUUACGAAAAACUAUCUUGUUAAAUUUUAGGCUAUUUUGCCAAAAUCGUGACGAUUUUUUUAAAUCUAAUUCUUCCUCAAAUGAGGCUUCGGAUCGUAAAAAAAGGGCCAACAUUCGAAUUUUCAUCACAAUUUUUUGGUGGUUUUAAAAUAUUUUGUUUAAUAUUAUUCAAUGAUAAAUUUUUAUCGUUAGAAUUUGAUAUUGAAGAAUUUAAAGAAUUUUUAAACCAAUGGCCAAAAGUAAUUAUGCAAAUUCAAGAGUGUAUAACCCUUUCCUGGGACCUAUAUUAAGAUCCAAAGUCUCCAAUGAACUUCGCUAAUAUGUUUUAUUUAUAAAAAUAAGUUUUUUUUUUUUAUAGAUUUUUGUAAAAUAACUUAUUGAAUGAGUAAUAAGACGUUUUAUUCGUAUACGUUUAGAAGUAUUGAACAAGACAGAAAUAUAAUAAUUCUAAAUAAAAUGAAAAACUAUAUAAUAAUACAAUAGUGAAAAUUCAUCGGAUGUAAAAAUGCUUCUAAAAACCAUGAUAUGCAUAUAAUAAAAAAAAAAAAUGAGAAUAUAUAUACAUUCUAUUGAUUAAAUUUAUCGCUUCCGAUCAAUGUAGAUUUAUCAGUUUUCGCUUGUUUGAAAUUUAUUAAUUUUUUAGCGCAAAAAUUAGAUUUUUCAAUACUAUAUCAACAAAUUUUAGAAACAAUUGUUGGAAAACUUUUGUUUUUCUCAUAUAUACGUCUUAUUUUUGUUAGACAAUUGAAAUAUCAAUUUUUUUUUUCCUCGAUUUUCAAUGUAAAAUUAAGUGCAUGUGAUUGUUAGGUCACGUGAUUAUUAAAAUAUGUUAAUUUUUUCGAUAACUUUUCUCGUAAAUUAUUGAAUCGAUUUAGAUUGGAAUUUUGUAAAGAUAAAAUAUAAGAAAGGACAGUGAUUUUCGAAACUUGAUAUUAAUUUAAUUGAAAGUUAUUAGAAAAUCUGAACAGUGACGAGACACUUCUAACCUUAAAUUUUCUAUCAAUUUUCCAUAGUGUUUUAUAACAAUUAUUUCAAUAAAUAUCAACAGUUUCGGACCUCACUGACCUUCCUUAUAAUAUUUUAGAUAUCUUAACAAAAUUCCAGCUCAAUACCAUUCAGUAUUUUACGAGAAAUUUUAUCGUAAAAAUUACCAUUUAGACAGUCACGUGACCUAACAAUAUCAUUAUGUCUCUAUGACGCGUCAAUUGUGUAGUAGUACCAUUGUCCAAUGAUAAAUUUGAUCUAAAAGUAUAUAUAUAUAAAGUAAAGAUGAAAAA